CGUUGCUGUUGGCUUUCCACCAAGACAUGGAGCAGCUGGGACACAAGAAAUGGGGUUUCCAAGGGAACCAAGAGCUAAACGCUUCCUCCAUCUCCGUCCGAGGUGUUCUCAACCAGCUGAUGGCAAAUCGUAACAAGGACGAUCAACGGUCCACCAUUCCUCUUGGCCGUGCCGACCCCACCAUGUUUCCCAGCUAUCGGACUACCUCUUCUGCUGCAGAUGCCGUUGCUGACGCCGUCCAAUCCUUUCAGUUCAACUGCUAUCCUCCCACCGUUGGUGUUGCUGACGCAAGGAGAGCUGUUGCAGAGCAUAUUUCUAAAGAUCUCCCAUACCAAUUAUCAGCAGAUGAUGUGUAUCUCACAGUUGGUUGCACCCAAGCAAUAGAAAUUGUGGUAUCUGUUCUUGCGCGUCCUGGUGCUAACAUUCUGCUUCCUAGACCAGGCUACCCACAAUAUGAAGCUCGUGUGCGUUGCAGUAACCUUGAAGCUCGCCACUUCGAUCUUAUGCCUGAAAAAGGUUGGGAGGUUGAUCUUGAUUCUGUUGAAGCUCUUGUGGAUGAGAAUACAGUGGCCAUGGUUAUCAUCAAUCCCAGCAAUCCAUGUGGAAAUGUCUUUACAUACCAACAUUUGAAAAAGAUUGCGGAGACUGCUAGAAAACUUGGGAUUUUUGUGAUUUCAGAUGAAGUUUAUGGCCAUCUAGCUUUUGGGAGUAAUCCAUUUGUGCCAAUGGGAGUGUUUGGAUCAAUUGUGCCUGUUUUAACACUUGGGUCUUUAUCAAAGAGAUGGAUUGUUCCUGGAUGGCGACUUGGUUGGAUCGUGACAACUGACCCCAAUGGCAUCUUUCAAGAAUCUGGGUUUGUGGAGAGCCUAAGGAGCUAUCUCGACAUCACCUCUGACCCCCCAACCGUCAUACAGGGUGCACUUACCCAAAUCCUUGAGAAAACGAAGGAGGAUUUCUAUUCAAAAAUUCUGAACAUAUUGAGAGAAGAUGCAAACCUUUUAUAUGAGGGAAUUAAAGAGAUUCCUUGCCUCACUUGUCCACACAAACCAGAAGGGUCCAUGGUUGUAAUGGUAAAGCUAAAUCUAUCACUACUUGAAGGAGUUACUGAUGACGUGGACUUCUGUAUGAAGUUGGCCAAGGAGGAAUCCGUGAUUAUUCUGCCAGGGAUAACCGUUGGACUGAAGAAUUGGCUUCGAAUUACUUUUGCCAUUGAGCAUUCUUCGCUUGAGGAUGCACUUGGAAGGAUAAAAGCCUUCUACUAUAGGCAUGCCAAGAACAAAUAAGGUUCAUUUAUGUGCAGUAAGAAAAUAAGUUUGGCUAAUGCCUAAUCAAGCUGUAUUUGCAUUUCCUUGUAUGUAUGAGGAGAUAUUGGUUUAUGCACAUUAUGAUUUAUGUUCAAUUAAAUAGUUGAAUGUAAGAACUA